UUUCUCAGCUACAAUCAUUUCUCAACGACCGUCUCGUCAGCAUCGAUGUGUUCGAAAAUCGAGGCCACUCCACGACGCGGACACCUAUGCCGGAGCCUGUCAAUCAAAGGCACCCGAAGAAGUCAGUUGGCAACGUAACAUACAAGGGCAACAGUUUCCACGCCAAGGCUGCGGUUGCCGAACACACUCGCUGCCCUCACUGUAGCGACAGUCACAAUCUUCGGCAUUGCCCGGACCUUUUGUCCAAGGACUGCUUUGCAAGGAAAGCCAUCGUCGAUCAUGCAAAGGCAUGCCUCAACUGUCUGAGCCGUUCCCAUGCACUUUUAAAAUGUACCAGUAAAAGGAACUGCACGCAGUGUGGUCAAAAACACCAUACACUGCUGCGAUUCCCAACUCCUGCUCAGAUGGCAACACAGCCUCACGCAGCCUCCCAUAGCGCUCGUUCCGGUAACUCCUGGCAGUAUACAACGAGCGACUCAUCUGGCAGGGCUACACCUACGCAACUCUACGCUAGGACCCCACUUCCUACUCAGAGCACUGCACAGCCUCUCCCAGCUGUUCCCAACACUAGUUCCGGUGGUCAUCCACAGUCUGCAGCGACCGAUUCGUCUGUGAGAACACACUCUGCGCAACUAGUCUCCGCUACGGCAACGCAUCGCGGACCCAGCACUGUCCUUCUGGCCACUGCCCUGGUCACAAUCCACAACCCCCACACUGGCCAAUCAGCCGUGGUACGCGCGUUAGUGGAUUCAGGCUCGGAAGGAACACUCAUUACAGAGCACACAGUGCAGGCUCUCAACCUCAAGCGGCAUCCAAUUUCAGCAGAAAUUGCUGGAGUUGGGACCACCUCCAAGAACAGGUGUACCUACACUACAGAAUUGUCAUUAAGUUCUUGUACUUCGCAGUUUUGUACUACCAUUGAUACUGCGUUUAUACUUAAAACGGACGUAAUCCCACAGAUCCUGCUUUCAGAUAUUCGCAGAGGAAAGGAGAACCAACCAAUUGCACAGCACACCCAGCUUGGCUGGAUAGUCUUUGGUCGAGCCACUUCCACACGCUCACACGCUGUCACCAUUAGAUGUCACCACAACAGGCUAGAGAAUCUCGUCCAGAAAUUCUUCGAAAUAGAGCAUCUCGGUUCUGCAAAACAGCUCACACCAGAAGAGCGAUGGUGCGAGGAGCAUUUUAAACGAACUCACAUCCGUCAACGAAACGGCAAGUACUUGGUACGGUUACCACUUAAGCGUUUGUUUGACCCUUCGCAGGUGCUAGGCAAAUCACGUAAAACGUCAAACGGAAAAUCGCUCAAUGACGUCCUUUGCACCGGACCAGCGCUCCAAAACGAUCUAGCCGGCGUGGUCCUGAAUUGGCGUUUCCAUCGUUUUGUUUUUGCUGCCGACAUUCAGAAGAUGUAUAGAUGCAUUGACAUGAAUGCAGAGGAUUCGCAAUAUCAACGCAUCUUUUGGCAUGACGAACACAACCAACCAUUCGCGUCAUACAUCAACUGGCGCAGGAUGAACGCGACCGAUAUCCACUCGCGGAAAGGGUCCUUCGACACGAAAUAUACGUUGAUGACGUACAAAGCGGAGCUUCCACUCGCGAAGGAGCAUUAGAAAUUCAAAAUCAAUUGAUCGGAGCCUUACGAUCAGCAGGAAUGGAACUUCGAAAGUGGUCUGCGAAUGACGCUUCUCUGCUACAAGACAUACCUCCAGACCAUUUAUCUCAUAAGACACUAUUAGAGUUUGAAUACCAAGAUCCCGUUAAAACCUUAGGCCUCUAUUGGCAUCCACAUCAAGACUAUUUUGGGUUCAAGAUAAAUUUUGAAAUCAGUCACGCA